UGAGGGGGGGUGGAUUCCGGAGCUGGAUCGAGGCGAGUGAGUAGGGGGGUGGAAGGAAGAGGCCAGCGAACUACGGAGGGGGGAUCAAUUGCUCCGUGCUGCUGGUGGUGCUGGUGCUGGUGCUAGCGGUCCGCGUCAACGGGGCGACUCCAUCACGACGACCAUGCGCCGUGGAUGCAAGGGAAACAAGACAUAUGGAACUCACCUGGAGGGAAGACAGGGGCGACCACGAGAUUGCCAAUCUGCGGGAUGAAUGCAGUAGGGACGAGAGGGAGGGAGAGGCAGAGGAAGAGGGAGAGGGGGGGUGGAGGAGGAGGAGGAGGGCAGCAAUCAGAAUUUCAGGGUUCACGAUCCACACGAGGAUGAUUGCUGUUGUGCUGGUGGUCUUCAGUGCUGGCGCUGCUUUCUGGUAUGGGACUGGCGCUCCGUAAAAGGGGCUGCCGGGUGACUAAGCGCCCCGCGCCAAGGCUCGGGUGUUUCAAACGGGCGGCGCCCCUCAGGAACCUCGUCAGUGCUUGUCGCGGCCCAUCCUCCUCCUCUCUUCCUCUUCGGCUUCACAUCUUCAGCGUCAUAUCUUCAUCCUCGGCAUCCUCCACAGAU